UCUCCACAUUGUGUUUAGCUGUUAAACAAUGGCUGGAAGUUGGUGUUUGGUUCAGAUUUUGCUGGUUUGUGCUUUCUGCCAUGCUGUUCCACAAUGGAGUAAAUCGCUUCAGGAUGUUCAAUCUCUGAUGACCCAGCAGUUUCCGCUUCAGAAACCAGUUCAACAACCAACUUACCAGCAGUUUCCGGUUCAGAAGCCAGUUCAACAACCAAGUAACCAGCAGGUUCCUCAGCAGUUUCUGCCUCAGAAGCCAGUUCAACAACCAACUUACCAGCAGUUUCCGCUUCAAAAGCCAGUUCAACAACUACCUAAACCACAGUUUCCGCUUCAGAAGCCGGUUCAACAACCAAGUAACCAGCAGUUUCCGCUUCAGAAGCCGGUUCAACAACCUAAACCGCAGUUUCAGCUUCACAGGCCAGUAGUGCAGACAGAUCCUAUUGAUAAAUGUGCUGUAGCUGAUUCUGAGCAGAUUCAAUGUGGUCUACCUGGCAUGAGUGGUGCUGAGUGUGAAGCUAUCAACUGCUGCUUUAACGCACAGCAGUGUUACUAUGGGAGGACGGUAACUGUCCAGUGUAUUAGAGAUGGUCAGUUUGUGGUAGUGGUGUCUAGAGAUGUUACUCUGCCUCGACUGAGUCUGGAUUCGGUUAAUCUACUGGGUGGAAACGACCCACCUUGUGCUCCUGUGGGGUCCACACCUUCUUUUGCCAUAUACCAGUUCCCUGUGACCGCAUGUGGCACGAGUGUGAUGGAGGAUGGUGGAUAUGUGGUGUAUGAAAACCGAAUGACCUCGUCCUAUGAAGUGGGGGUUGGACCAUAUGGUUCAAUCACAAGGGACAGUCAUUUUGAGUUCCUCUUCCAGUGUAGAUACUCUGAAACUUCUGUGGAAGCUCUGGUUGUGGAGGUCAACUCCGUUCCUCCACCUCUACCAGUAGCUGCUCCAGGGCCUCUCAGGGUGGAGCUCAGACUGGCCAAUGGCCAAUGUGUCACCAAAGGAUGUGCUGAAGGUGAUGAGGCCUACACAUCCUACUACAGUAGUGCUGAUUAUCCAAUCACAAAAGUCCUGCGAGAGCCUGUGUAUGUUGAGGUGCACCUUAUGGAGAGGACUGACCCCAACAUUGUCCUGAUGCUGGGACAUUGUUGGACCACUUCAACCCCCAGUCCACUCAGUCUCCCACAGUGGGACCUUCUGAUCAAUGGGUGUGUACAGCUGAUCCUUAUCCUGUUAGUCUGCUGGGAGGUCCUUUCUAACCUUCUCUUUUGACUUCAGAUGCCCUUACCUGAAUUGUCUGAAAUACUGAAUUGUCAGGUUUAAUUGUCAGGUACAUAGUAUUUAGCAGGAGCAUUCAAAAAUGUUUAUGAACAAAUAUAAUAAUAAAACGCUAU